AUGAGCAAAAGUGUGCAACAUAUCAGUAACGGUUUAAACCCAUUGACGGAUACUACGACACCCGGUUCUUUGCGAAAGUUUACUCGCGAUCUAUCUCCGAAAAAGUUUUCAUACAACUGUGAAGGCGAACGACAAAAAGUUACUGAAAAUAGUCAUAUUGGAAAUAACGCAAUGAAGUCGUCGCAAUCCAAUACUCAUUACUCGCGUCAGCAGUUAAAUGAGAGAGAAAAGAACAGGGAACCAACGAGUUGCGCCUUUGCUCAUCAGCUUCCGAGCUCUACUCAGCAAAGACGACAUUUACCCCACCAUAAGUACGAACCUUUUAUUGAUUUAUCAAAAAACCGGAAUGAUUUUCGAACAAAUUCACGACAUAAUCGACGAAACAGCCCAAAUACUGAACCUUCAACCCGGUAUCCACAGGCACAUACUGCCAAUUGCGAUCAUGAUCGAUCUUGUAAUACGCAUUCAAGUAGGGACCGUUAUUCUAAGACCAAUUCUUCAACUUACUCCCAAUCGAGAAAGUUAGAGGAAUCGUGGCGUAGGUCAGAAAGCCGAUCUAGUCAAUCAGGUCAUUUGUUACCAUCACCACAGUCCCGUUUAUCACCUGUAAAAGAUUCAUCGUCAACCUCCAAGAAGAGACCCUUGUCACCAUUAACACCAGCCGAUCCUUAUGUUCCAACGCACAGACAACGUCUUUCCACUGAUGGCAACACUUUUGCAAGCUCCUAUUUCGAGGAGAAAUCAGAUGCUAUUAUCAGAAUAGAUGAUGCAGAUGGCGGCCGUACUAUCCAGCAUCAACCAGAACAGCCCAAUUUGUACUCUAGCUAUAGUCAGCUAUUUAGUCAGCUUGAGCAUUCGACACAGCGAGAUCCGCUUCCUCCGCAACAGACAGUGUAUCAACGCGACCGGGAACGCCAACGUGGCGUAGAAAAGCGCCAAAAGUCUACGUACCACAUGCCGCUUCGCAUUUAUAACCAGAGCUAUAUCGAUUCCACUUUUGAUGUAGAAUCAGUUAAAUCUAGACAAGAAAACCUUGUUUGGCUAAAAGGUCCAAAGAGUUUUCUCAAUAAUCACGCAAAGCAUGACGUCGCUUGGGAGUCAUUCGGACCGGAUGACAAUAAACUACACAGAGCCACGGUUAGCCUGAAAAUUUCCGGGGAGGUGCUGCUCGCUUAUGGUGAUGGAAAGACAAAAAAGGAUGCUGAGAAAAUUGCCUAUCUUCAUCUUCUUUAUAAAUUGGAAUCUGAUGGUAUGUUACAGAAACUUGUAGAUGAACACAAAUCAGGCUCUCGCAAACAAGAUUCUCCUCCGGCCAAGGUCAAUUCUAACGAAGGUGAUCCUAAGAAACACGUGAUAGACUUUUGCUCGAGGUUUGACUACAUACCCGAUUUUAAAGUGACCGGAGAAGGUCCGGCGCAUAACACAGUAUGGAAUGCUGUGGUAGAAUUACCCGAACCAAACAUAAUUGGUCGUGGAUCUGGUAGGACAAAACGGGAUGCAGAAAACGCUGCUGCAAGAGAUUUCAAACAAAAGACCGAAGAGUACAUGGCUGCCAAUGGAAUAAAUUCUAUCGAUAAAGCAGCGGGAAGUUCGUUGAGCGAAACUGAUGCUAAGCGGUUUGUGUCAUACGUCAUUAAGAAAUUUGGUUACAAAGCACCGGUAUUCCAGUACAAGAGAAUUGGUCCCGCUCAUCAUACGUUGUGGCAAGCACAUUUAAUCGUACAUGAUAACGCGCUAGGUGUUGCAACUAGAUCAAAUAAACGCGAUGCACAGGGAGCUUCGUACAUAAAUGGCGCGAUAGAAUUGCGUAAAAAGUACGAACAUCAUUGGGAAAAAUACGAAAAAGAAAUAAAAAACAAGGAAAAAACCAAGCCAGCACCAUCUGUUCAGAUUUAUUUCGGUGAUAAAAGUCAUGACAUAUUAGGAAGCUUGGUAUCCGAUCUGCAUGAUGUAGAAUAUUUCUUGAGAAACGAAGAUGAGGGUAUUAUAAUGCAGAGUAAGCAAUUGCCAUCAUCGGACGUUUCCAACGAACCGACGAACCUGCCAGUCAAACGCCCUCGGCUAAAUGAUACUUUUCUUGUGAGUAAAUCAAUGGAAUUAUACAACAGGUACCAACGUUAUCUCAAUUCCCUUCAAAACGCGCCAAUACGUGCAACACGUGAUUCUCUUCCAAUAGCACGGUAUGCAAGUACAAUUGUAGAAGCAAUUGAAAAGAACCCCGUCAUUGUUCUUGUCGGGGCAACUGGCUGUGGGAAAACUACACAGUUACCGCAAAUUAUUUUUGAAGAAUCUAUCCGAAAUGGCAAAGGUGCUUACUGCAAUAUUAUAGUCACGCAGCCUCGACGAAUAGCAGCUAUUUCUGUUGCACAGCGAGUUGCAAAGGAGCGCGCAGAACGUUUGGGACAAUCUAUAGGAUAUACUGUUCGAUUCGAGAGUGUUCCUCCUGUGCCUAAUGGGAGUAUUCUGUAUUGUACAACUGGCGUUUUUUUGCGAAAGAUGCAUGAAGAUAAAGAUGGAAAAGACACCUUGGAAGGAGUUUCUCAUAUUGUUGUUGACGAAGUUCAUGAGAGAGAUAUGAACUGUGACUUUUUAUUGGUCAUAUUGAAGCGUAUUCUUUUUGAACGACGGCGAGAUGGCUUACCGCCCAUAAAAUUGAUUUUGAUGAGCGCCACCAUAGACACGGGUAUUUUUGCUGAUUAUUUUGGUGAAUUUUGUCCGGAUGGUAAAUGUCCUGUCAUCGAGGUACCUGGCAGAACCUUCCCUGUACAACAAUAUUUUCUUGACGAUCUCAUACCGAUGCUCAAGUCACGUUAUCAAAGCGCGGGAUUAGCAUGUUUCGAGGACAAGGAUACGAAAAAAUACGUCGAUCGUGAGUUGAAGCUUGCUCCUCCGCUAGUCGAGACUCCCAGACCGCCGGUAUCCAAGGCAGAUGCGCAAAAUAAAUAUCUUACUGUGGAUGUGGAUAGUGAUGACGUUAGCAGUCACAGUAGCGAUAUUGACGAUGUUGAAGGUAGUUCAACACCCUCGUCGAACAUCACCGAAUGGUCGAAUGCGCCGAAACAAAUAGACGAGGCGGCUGAUGCAGAAAUACCAUAUCAAUUAAUGGCACUAGUUAUUGCUCACGUUGUUAACACUAGCACGGAAGGCGCCAUACUGGUCUUUUUGCCUGGUCUCGACGAAAUUAUGACAUUCCAACGCCAAAUUACCUCAACCCCUUAUCCUUUAGGAAUCAAUUUUGCAGACACUGAGCGCUUUAAAAUUUACGUACUUCACUCUACUAUUCCGGCGAGUGCACAACAGGAAGUGUUCGAUCCUGUGCCUAGCAACAUGCGCAAAAUCAUUCUUGCAACAAACAUUGCAGAAACGUCCGUUACUAUUCAAGAUAUCGUCUAUGUUAUUGAUUCGGGCAAAGUAAAGGAAAAGCGGUACGACCAGAGCAAGCGCAUGACAAGCUUAAUGACCACAUGGAUAAGCCAAUCAAACUCCAGACAGCGUUCAGGAAGAGCUGGUCGGGUCAGAGAAGGAGAAUACUACGCAUUGAUGUCGUAUGCACGCUAUCAAACUCUCGAAGGAUAUUCUACUCCGGAAAUGUUACGUUCUGAUUUACAAGAGAUCUGUUUGUAUGUCAAGGCGCUCGAUCUUCCAGCAACAAUAGGAGACGUACUCGCUCAGGCUAUCCAACCACCAGACGAGGCUAGCGUAGUUGCGGCACUAGAAAAUUUGAAAUCUCUCCGUGCAUUGGAUUCAUCGGAGGAGCUGACUCCACUUGGAAAGGUUUUAGCUACGCUCCCAAUGGAACCGGGACUAGGGAAAAUGGUGUUACUAGGGGCUAUAUUCCAAUGCUUGGAUCCAAUGUUAACCAUUGCUGCUUGUAUGGCGUCAAAGAAUCCUUUCAUGUCUCUACCACAAUGCAAGCAACAAGCAGACCAGGUCAAAGUCGAAUGGGCUCAGGGUUUGGCAAGUGAUCAUUUUGCUAUAUUGAACGUGUACAACGCCUGGUACAAGCUUCACUCUCAAGGUCGUGCUGUUGCAGCGGCCAGGUUUUGUUCUGAUAACUAUUUAAGUAAAUCAGGAAUGCAAACCAUAGGACAAGUAAAACUACAACUUUUACAACUUUUGGAACGUGCUGGUGUUGUUCCUAAAAAUAACCAACGGUUUAAUUAUCAGACGGGUCCUGGUAUCGGUCCGCCGGAACUUAAUGUGAAUUCCAAUUGCAUUCCCCUGCUCCGUGCUUUAAUUUGUGCUGGAGUAUAUCCAAACGUAUCCCUGAAAACUUCAAAAAAGACUUGUAGAACUAGACACGAAAAUUGUGCGUUCAUUCAUCCUGCAUCUGUGAAUUAUAAAGGACGACUUGCCAAGGCGGCCGCAAUGAGAAAUGGAUCGGGGCAAUCAAGUGAAGAAGAACAUGUAGAAGCAGCUGUCGGUACACUAUAUGCUUAUUCAACUAAAGUCAAAUCGAGUGGGCAGCAGCAAGUUUUCCUUCGUGAUACAACCAAAAUAGACCCAUUGUCGGUAGUGCUAUUUGGCGGGGAGACAGAAUUACUGCAGAAAGGCGAUAUAACACUGCUUAUGGACGAAUGGCUUCAAUUUACCGGGGGACCAAAAAGUAUUAGGCUGACUAGUCAACUGAAAUAUCUUCUUGAACGAUGCCUGUCUCGAAUAUAUGACCAACUCGAUGUGAAAAGUCACAAGGGAUCUGCCGUUAAUAAUAAUGAUGACGAUGAUGCGAAUCAAUCGUUUGAUGCAGACAGUCUUAGCCUUGGGUGCAAUGAGCGUGCAACAACACGGCUUGUUCAGGGUAUUGCAGAAUUAUUAGAUCAAAUAGAUCGGGACGGGCCACCUCCGGUACCAUCGUACACUGCUGAUAGGUACCGCCCCGUGCGCUAG